CCCGUCUGCGGUGCCACGGAGCGCGGCCGCGGGGACCCCACGUGGAGCCCGCUGUGGACUGUACCACCCCGAGGAGCGGGAGCAGGGCAGAGCGGGGAUCCGAGGAGGAGGCGGCGGCUCCAUCACGUCCCUGCAGGAUGUUCUGGAAGCUUUCCUUCUCCUUCUUCCUGCUGGCCGUGCUGGUGAAGGUGGCUGAAGCCCGGAAGAACCGGCCAGCGGGCGCCAUCCCCUCUCCUUACAAGGACGGCAGCAGCAACAACUCGGAGAGAUGGCAGCACCAGAUCAAAGAGGUGCUGGCCUCCAGCCAGGAGGCGCUGGUGGUGACCGAGCGCAAGUACCUCAAGAGUGACUGGUGCAAGACGCAGCCGCUGCGGCAGACGGUGAGCGAGGAGGGCUGCCGCAGCCGCACCAUCCUCAACCGCUUCUGCUACGGCCAGUGCAACUCCUUCUACAUCCCGCGGCACGUCAAGAAGGAGGAGGAGUCCUUCCAGUCCUGCGCCUUCUGCAAGCCGCAGCGCGUCACCUCGGUCCUCGUGGAGCUCGAGUGCCCCGGGCUCGACCCACCCUUCCGACUCAAAAAGAUCCAGAAGGUGAAGCAGUGCCGGUGCAUGUCCGUGAACCUGAGCGACUCGGACAAGCAGUGAGCGCCCAGCGGGGCGCAGCUGGGCUCUGCGCGCCCUGGCGCCCGGGUCGCACCGCGCCGCCGCCCCGUCCCCUGAGCGCCUUCACGCACUGUCAGGCGUCGCCCCUCUGCAGCCAGCGUGUCGCGUGGGGCUGACGGUGUCCUCGCCACGAACGUGGACCCCUAGCGGAGCUCGGCUGAUGUGUUCCUGACCAGCUCAGGCCGCGUCUGCGCGUGCAAACCAGGCUGUGGCUCAGGCUCAGUGCAAAGAUGCUGGGACCCCAGCGCCAGCCCCAGCAGUCAGAAAAGAUUUCCCGGGGGGAUGCGCUACAAAGCCGGCCUGGAUGCUUCCACCGUGUGGAAGCCGAUAUUUCUCUGGCCUUGCUUUACACUCCAGCUCGCUGCUCCCCGUGCGACGGAGGGAUCCCUCUCCUGAGGAGCCCCUCAAACUUCUGCUGGGUCCUGGACCUCUGGGAGGUGGGGCGGUCCAUUCUUGUGACUGCAGCGUUGUCCCAGGCUGCUGCUGCGAUGCUGGUGUGGACCACGUCCAUAAAAGAGUUGGCCUUGGACGGGAGUCUCCUAAUAAACCUGGCAGCGAGAAGACACCGUGAGCCCCUUGGAUCACGAAAGUCAGUUGGGUCCUCGAGCUCUCUCUUGGCAGGACACGCCCUGCACACACCACCUCUUCUUCCUCCCUCCCCGUCCCCACCUGUGGACUCAAGAUGAACUCUAGUGUGCAUGCUAUUGUCCCUGCAGUUACAAUAUUAUCACGCACAAGGUCUCUAUAUUAACGCUGGUUUUAUAAUUGACCUAUAUUGUAAAGAGCUGUUUUUUUUAUUAAGUAUUCUAGAUCUAUCCAUGUAUUGUUUCACGUGUUUUGACCCUGGCUUUGCAGAAUCCUUCUGAGUAGGGUGGAGAUCGGGUGACAAUCUGCCCAGAAGGUAUUGUACUCGGAAGUAAUGCCUGGCCAGCAAUUCACUGCCAUGCACAUACUUUAGAUUGGGCAGGGAGAUGGGGGAGUCGUGAUUUUCCUUGGAAUAUUGUAUCACUGAAGGUACUAAUGCAUUGCAGUACGUGUAGAAACUGGGUUGGGAUGAAUGAAUGUAGGGAGGGAGAUUUAUGGGGGAGUUCUUAUUGCAAACCCCCUUCAAUAUUUAAUGUGUAUUUGUGGGGGGAGGUGGUACUAUUUUUACUGCCAUGAUACUAAGAAAAAAAAAUACACUCUCUGUUAAAAUAAAGAUUUUUAAAGGAUAUAAGGAAUCAGGUCACUUUGUGAUGCAGGAGGAAGUAAAGGAUAAAUAUAGAGAAAAUAGUCGUCUAGCGGAAUAGUCCUAGAGAAAGUAACUAGUAUCCUUUCCAAAGAAUAGAUGUUAAAAAGUAUAAGCAAACAUUAAGUCACCUUUCAUUACAUUAAUGUUUUGCUGAAGAAUCUGUAUUGUGGUCCCUUCGUAUAGGGAAGUUGACAUAAUUUAUUUUCCUGCAAAAUUAUAUCCACUUUGAGUCCCUUUGCUAAAUGGAUUCAGCAAGGCCUCCUGUGAGUAAUGGUCAUGAGGGCUAGCAAAUGUGAAUGAGAUGUUGGUAGGAGCUGAGGUACUCUAAAAAUCUUUUUUCUGGCAAUUUCCAAGCAAGUGCUCCUGACAAAGGGGUUGGUUCCCUAGUAAAUGAGAGAGACCCUCUACAAGCUGCUCUGGGGACUGAGGCUUCCUGACUCCUCACAGAGCAGAUCUAGAGUCUGUCACCUAGAGAGCAAGGAUCGGGGUGAGGUGUGGAAUGCUGGUGAUUAUUUCUGCUGCUGCACGGCAGGUUUUAUAUAUGUGUUAUUUCUUUACUACCAUUUAAAAAAAUCUGGGCACAGACUGUACCUUGUGAAGGGCAUUUUGGCUUCAGAAAUAUAUACAGCCUGAAAUCAGGAAUGAAAACAAAAAUCAUUGAGGGCUGGAACCUGAGGAUAGAAACAAGCAGAAAGGGUACACAAGGUCAGGAUUGGUUUUUGCAUUGAGGAGAAAACUUGGAGUCAGGCUCAGUGCAGAACAAGCAGCAGAAGAGCUGGGAAGGAAGGAAACCCAUGUGUUCCAAACGGAAGUUGAUAGAGGCAAGUGGAAAGGCAGUGGGGAGUCUCUGAUUCAAGUGAGAGGUCAACCGUAUUAUCUAUUAACAGAGAGCUCACGUAGACGGGGAAGGAAGGAGCUAGGAACUCACAGAAUACAAACCUGAGCCCUCUCUUGGAACCCAAUCGUGGGUGUAGCAAUGAAAGCAAUAUGAUAUGCUGCAGGGUGAAGCUCCUUUGGGGGGUUAUUGUAUGUAUAAAGUUUACCUUAUAAUGGCUCAAAAUGUAUUUAAUUGUUUUCCGUUUUGUUUAUAAAUGAAAAAAAAGCUAUAAGUAUAAUGUAAUUAUUUUAUAGGUAUACUAUUAAAUUAUAGAACAAAUAAAGAUACUCUAGGAUUAUAUGUGA